AUGGCUACCGCAGACGAGCUCAAGGCUCAAGGCAACGCGGCCAUUGCCGCCAAGAACUUUGACGAGGCUGUUGACAAGUUCACCCAGGCCAUCGCCAUUGACCCCACCAACCACAUCCUCUACAGCAACCGAUCCGCCGCCUACGCCUCAAAGAAGGACUGGGACCACGCCCUCGAGGAUGCCGAGAAGACUGUCGAGAUCAAGCCCGAUUGGGCCAAGGGCUGGGGCCGCAAGGGCACCGCCCUCUACGGUCAGGGCGACCUUCUCGGCGCUCACGACGCCUACGAGGAGGGUCUCAAGAAGGACCCCAACAACGCCGGACUCAAGAAGGACCUCGCCUCCACAAAGAGGGCCAUGGAGCAGGAGACGGGCGGCCAAGGCGGCGAUAUGAGUGGCGGCCUCGGCAAAAUGUUCUCUGACCCCCAGCUUAUUCAGAAGCUUGCCAGCAACCCCAAGACCAGCGGCCUCCUAGCCGACCCUUCCUUCAUGAUGAAACUCCAGCAGAUUCAGCAGAACCCCGACAGCCCCGACCUGUUCUCCGACCCCCGCAUGCUGCAGGUUCUCGGCGUCCUCAUGGGCGUCGAUAUCCAGACGCGCGACCCCAGCGAGAUGCCCGAGGGUGCCGGCCAGCAGCAGGACACCGAGAUGACCGAUUCCAUGCCUGAGCCUCCGAGGCCGUCAGCGCCAAAGAAGGCUCCCGAGCCUGCCCCGGAACCUGAGGCUGAGCCCGAGGACGAGGAGGCGCAGGAGAAGCGCAAGGCCAAGGAGGCCGCUGACAAGGAGAAGGCGCUCGGCACCGAGAGCUACAAGAAGCGCAGCUUUGACGAGGCCAUCGCGCACUAUACCAAGGCUUGGGAGCUCCACAAGGACAUCACGUACCUGAACAACCUUGGCGCGGCUCACUUCGAAAAGGGCGACUACCAGGCUUGCAUCGACGCGUGCACCAAGGCCGUCGAGGAAGGUCGCGCCAUCUACGCCGACUUCAAGAUCAUCGCCAAGAGCUACGCCCGCAUCGGAACAGCGUACGAGAAGCUGGGCGACCUCGAGCAGGCCGUCACGAACUACAAGAGCUCGUUGACGGAGCACCGCACGCCCGAUGUCGGCCUCAAGCUGCGCAACGCCGAGAAGAACAAGAUUGAGAGCGCACGCCUCGCCUACAUUGACCCCGCCAAGGCUGAAGAGGCCCGCGAGGAUGGCAACAAGAAGUUCAAGGAAAUGGACCUGCCGGGCGCCGUGGCGGCGUACAGCGAGAUGAUCAAGCGCGCGCCCGACGACCCCAGGGGCUACAGCAACCGUGCGGCGGCCUUUGUCAAGCUGCUGGAGUUCCCCAGCGCUCUCGAGGACUGCAACACGGCCAUCAAGAAGGACCCGAAGUUCAUCCGUGCCUACAUUCGCAAGGCUCAGGCCUACUUCGGCAUGCGCAAGUAUUCCGAGUCAGUGGACGCCUGCAGUGAGGCCAAGAUUGUAGACCAGGAGCACCACAACAGCGCGAACUCGCGCGAGAUUGACCAGCAGGAGCAGAAGGCCUUCUCGGCCAUGUACUCCGCUCGCGACAACGAGACGGAGGAGCAGACCAAGGAGCGCCUGGCGAAGGACCCAGAGAUCAUGGGCAUUAUGCAAGAUCCUGUCAUGCAGGCAAUCUUGCAACAGGCGCAGACGAACCCGGCGGCGCUCAACGAGCAUAUGAAGAAUCCCGACGUUCGCUCCAAGGUGCAAAAGCUGGUCGCUGCUGGCGUUAUUCGCGUUGGUCGGUAG